AUGCGGAGGAACCCCUCGUUCUCCAAGAUCGUCCCAGCACCUGAAGGCCAUGAGCCGCCGCCGGGCGAAGAUCACCCGCCGCCGCCGGGCGAAGAUCCAGAUGUAAAGUUUGAGCAUGGCAAAGGGGUCAGCUCAGUGGCUUGGAGCCCAGAUGAGAAAAAGGUGGCCACGGCCUCAUGGGACAAAACCUGUCGCAUCUUUGAUGUGGAGUCCCAGAGAGAGGAUGCAAAGUUUGAGCAUGGUGAUGAGGUCAGGUCAGUGGCUUGGAGCCCAGAUGGGAAAAAGGUGGCCACGGCCUCUCACGACAAAACCUGUCGCAUCUUUGAUGUGGAGUCCCAGAGAGAGGAUGUAAAGUUUGAGCAUGGCAAUUUGGUCUACUCAGUGGCUUGGAGCCCAGAUGGGAAAAAGGUGGCCACGGCCUCUCACGACAACACCUGUCGCAUCUUUGAUGUGGAGUCCCAGAGAGAGGAUGCAAAGUUUGAGCAUGGCGAUUGGGUCAGGUCAGUGGCUUGGAGCCCAGAUGGGAAAAAGGUGGCCACGGCCUCUCACGACAAAACCUGUCGCAUCUUUGAUGUGGAGUCCCAGAGAGAGGAUGUAAAGUUUGAGCAUGGCAAUUUGGUCUACUCAGUGGCUUGGAGCCCAGAUGGGAAAAAGGUGGCCACGGCCUCUCACGACAACACCUGUCGCAUCUUUGAUGUGGAGUCCCAGAGAGAGGAUGCAAAGUUUGAGCAUGGCGAUUGGGUCAGGUCAGUGGCUUGGAGCCCAGAUGGGAAAAAGGUGGCCACGGCCUCUCACGACAAAACCUGUCGCAUCUUUGAUGUGGAGUCCCAGAGAGAGGAUGCAAAGUUUGAGCAUGGCGAUUGGGUCAAAUUAGUGGCUUGGAGCGCAGAUGGGAAAAAGGUGGCCACGGCCUCCAGGGACAAAACCUGUCGCAUCUUUGAUGUGGAGUCCCAGAGAGAGGAUGCAAAGUUUGAGCAUGGCGGUCUGGUCAACUCAGUGGCUUGGAGCCCAGAUGGGAAAAAGGUGGCCACGGCCUCUCACGACAAAACCUGUCGCAUCUUUGAUGUGGAGUCCUAUACAGAGGAUGCAAAGUUUGAGCAUGGCAAUGUGGUCUUCUCAGUGGCUUGGAGCCCAGAUGGGAAAAAGGUGGCCACGGCCUCAUUCGACAAAACCUGUCGCAUCUUUGAUGUGGAGUCCCAGAGAGAGGAUGUAAAGUUUGAGCAUGGCAAUUCGGUCAUCUUAGUGGCUUGGAGCCCAGAUGGGAAAAAGGUGGCCACGGCCUCUCACGACAAAACCUGUCGAAUCGUUGAUGUGGAGUCCCAGAGAGAGGAUGCAAAGUUUGAGCAUGGUGAGUGGGUCUACUCAGUGGCUUGGAGCCCAGAUGGGAAAAAGGUGGCCACGGCUUUAUGCGACAAAACCUGUCGCAUCUUUGAUGUGGAGUCCAAGAGAGAGGAUGCAAAGUUUGAGCAUGGUGAUGAGGUCCAAUCAGUGGCUUGGAGCCCAGAUGGGAAAAAGGUGGCCACGGCCUCCAGGGACAAAACCUGUCGCAUCUUUGAUGUGGAGUCCAAGAGAGAGGAUGCAAAGUUUGAGCAUGGGGAUGCGGUCUACUCAGUGGCUUGGAGCCCAGAUGGGAAAAAGGUGGCCACGGCCUUAUGCGACAAAACCUGUCGCAUCUUUGAUGUGGAGUCCUACACAGAGGAUACAAAGUUUGAGCAUGGCGGUCUGGUCAACUCAGUGGCUUGGAGCCCAGAUGGGAAAAAGGUGGCCACGGCCUCUCACGACAACACCUGUCGCAUCGUUGAUGUGGAGUCCCAGAGAGAGGAUGUAAAGUUUGAGCAUGGCAAUUCGGUCAUCUCAGUGGCUUGGAGCCCAGAUGGGAAAAGGGUGGCCACGGCCUCUGACGACAACACCUGUCGAAUCGUUGAUGUGGAGUCCCAGAGAGAGGAUGUAAAGUUUGAGCAUGGCAAUUCGGUCAUCUCAGUGGCUUGGAGCCCAGAUGGGAAAAAGGUGAUCACGGCCUCAUUCGACAAAACCUGUCGCAUUUUUGAUGUGGAGUCCCAGAGAGAGGAUGUAAAGUUUGAGCAUGGCAAUUCGGUCAUCUCAGUGGCUUGGAGCCCAGAUGGGAAAAAGGUGGCCACGGCCUCUCACGACAAAACCUGUCGCAUCUUUGAUGUGGAGUCCCAGAGAGAGGAUGCAAAGUUUGAGCAUGGUGAGUGGGUCUACUCAGUGGCUUGGAGCCCAGAUGGGAAAAAGGUGGCCACGGCCUCCAGGGACAAAACCCGCAUCUGGUCCUCCUGGCAACAGCCGCUGUCUUACACAUCUAUCUUUUGGAGGUCUUUUGAUUGGCAGUCCAUUGGUGUUCGCGAUGAAAUCCUCGAUAGAAUCUUGUUUAAAGGCAGGCUGAAUGUGACUCUGUUCGGAGUCCUUUGCUAUUGUCGGUUCUUCCGCCUCAAAGGCUGGAACGUCCCAAUGCUCCCACUCGAGGAGGAGUUGCAGGAACUUGUGGAAGGGAAACGGCAGAAACCUGGGGACCUUUGGGAGCUUGUGUGCAGUGUAGAUGCUGAAGGCAUCAGUCCCAUGAGCCUGGCAAUUGAAAGUGGGAAUGCGCAGUGGAUGACUGCAUACGUCAACAAAGACGCCUUGAGUUAUUUGAAUUCUUGCGACGAAGGUGAGCAGAACUCGCUGAGCUACCAGACAAGGUGUAAGUACUUGAUCAGUGCCAGCAGUGCCAUUGCCAAAUUGCUCUCAAGCCAGGAGCUUGGCAGCUUGAGCGAUCCACUGAGCGAUCUGCUGAAACUUUUCGUUUUGCCAGCGGAAAAAAAUCCUUACAAAUCCAAUGGGCAGCCUGUGCUAAACCGGGGCAAUGCAACCAUCCAGUUGCACCCGCUCGUUUCUGAAACCAUUUGGUGGCCACAAGGCUUUGAAGAAUCCCAAUUGCCCACGGAUGCCGGAUACAAUAUCGAACUGGCAGCAGAUUUUUGUCCUGCCGCAAAUUCUUUCGAGCGACUUUCUGGCACAGCUGUGCGAGCAGAAUAUCCCCGAUGCCGCGGCCGUAUUCUCGUGCACUCCCAUCAUGGCCGCAAUACAAUUCAAGUGGCAAACAUGGAAAUGGUAUUACUACUGUGA